GCCGAAAAACAACAUGGCGGCCAGAAAUCAAAACAAGCACCUGCUGGCCUAGUUUCUUUAUAAAAUUCUACUUUCUCAACAACUGAUUUUAAUUUUACACCAGUAAACUAUCUGGAUUCCUCAGUGGUGUUUUCCUGUGUGCACCAUGAGUGACACAGAAAGUGAGCAAGAGUCCGAUGGGAGGACGCCAUCUCCGUCUGCAGACUAUCAACCUGCAAUCGCUGCCAAACCUCCAAAGGUUCUCCUGCAGGAAGAGAGUCAGUUUGAAGUCUCGGCCAGUCCAGCAUUCCAGUGUCUUGAUGAUUUGUUUCAAGAGGGGAAGAUCACUGGAACUCGAGUGGCGAUGCUCAAGGCAAAGUACACAGAACUUCAUGAGACGUUAAAGAGCACAAGAGACAAUGAGACCCAGCUCCUCCAACAAGCAAAACAGUUCUCCUCCGAGAUGGAUGCCCAAAGAGGCGAGCUGGAAAAAGCUGAUAACUUUCCUGACUCCUCCAAUACUGAGGUCUCCAAACUUCGUGAACAACUCCUGAAACACAACAAUGAGCUUGCCCAGUCUGAGGAGAGGCAGUACCAGUUAGAGUACACCAUUGAAUGCCUAAAAGAAGAGAAGAAACUUAUCGACCGAGAAUAUUCACGCAUGCCGAAAGCUGGGGAGGUAGAGAAAAAAAUUCAAGAGCUUCAGGUUGCCACUAACGAUUUGAAAAAGGAGAUCGCCCAGAGACAGCAGGAGGCGAAAAAUCUGCGAGAGGAUGUUGAGAUUCGAAAUCGGCAGGUUGCCAACGACAACAAGGAAUAUGAGAAAGAAGUGGAGGAAAUGGAAAAGUUGAAGGGAGAAUUAGUUGGUGUGAAUUCCCUUCCAAACCAAAUAGCGAAAGAAGCUGAUAAACUACAGAGACAGAAAAAUGAAAUUGAUCGGCAGAGAAAGGUACUCGAUAUGCAGUUCAAAGACCUGACAGAACAGCUCAAGAAUUUAGAGAGCCGGCGCCAGCUCUUGGACGGUGAGAAAUGUGACACCGAGCGUGAUCUUGAUCGCACGAGAGCGACUGUUGAACACAAAGAACGAGAAUUUGAUGACCUCAUGAAACUUUUCGAAUUCGCCAAGGAGAGGGAGUCUGUUUUGAUGGGCGACAGGGCCACACUUGAUGUGAGUCUUCGCCACAUCUUCAUCGAGAAGAAAAAUCUUCACGAGCUUCACUCGAGGAAAGUGAGGGAGAAAGACCGAGAUGUGAGGAAUCUGAAGAAGGCUGAGCUCCAACUGAGGGUGGCCACAGAAGCACUGGCACACACCAAGUCUGUACAUGAAAAAGUCAAGGGUCAGGUCGACUCCCAGCCCAAGGAUGAUGGGACGUUGUUCGAGAAAAGAAAGGACCUCCAGAAAGAGGUGGAUCAAACAAAGAGAGCAUUGGCUCAACAGAACUCACUAACUGCAGUUGAGCAAGUAAAAGUUGAACAGAGUAUAGCUGAAGAAGAGCGCCUCCUAUACGAGCAGAGCGAUCUUAGAAUUGAGGUGGUCGAGUUGACGCGUCUGGCAGCCAUCAAGGCAGAUGAACGAGAACAGAAGGCACGAGAUUUCAUGAGGGCAGAGAUGAGGUUCCAUCGCGCGGUCGAGGAUUUGAAAACAAAGAAGUUACAGAUACAAGAUCACCAGAAGAAAUAUCAAGAGAUGUUGAUGAAGUUGAAGGAGUUUGCCAAGUUGUAUGAUGUCAUCAAGAACGAGCGUAACAAGUGCGUCAACCUGAUUCAGACGAGUACCCAGAAGGCCGCAGAGAUGAGGGAGAAAAUCAAGAUCCUACAGAACGAGAUUGAGAUCCUUAGGACUGCUGUCACACAGAAAGAGAGGCAACUCCAGAAACAGAGAUUAAAACACGUCAACAGUAUCGUCUUGAGAGACAGCUUACGAAAUGAGGUGGCCAAACAACAAAGAAUUGAGGAAGAAAUGAAAGAGAAACGAGAACAGCUUCGAAUGGACAUCGCCAAGUUGAACUUGAUGAUCAACCAGGCUGAGGAACACAUGGUGCAGCUGAGGAAGAGAUAUGAGACAGCCGUGCAGCACCGGAACGACCGCGGGAUUCAGCUGAUUGAGAGGAACGAGGAAGUGUGUAUCUUCUAUGAGAAAGUGAAUAUCCAGGACCAAAUGAUCAGAAAUGGUGAUGUUGAGAUGCAGGCGCGUGAGGAGGAAAUCCGCUUCCUGAGGAUGCAAGUAGCAGAAGAAGACAGGAGCAAACACCUCUUGUGGAAACAACUGCCACAGAAACGUAACUUAGAGUCUGAGCUGGUGACGUUACAGAUCCAGUUGUCGCAGUGUCAGGAUCUCAUGCUUGAACUUGAGAAGCAGUUGGAGAAUCCUAAUGAUACGGAGCGUGUCCGCAACUUGAAGGGGAAAGACCCAGAGCCAGCGGAGAUGCAGAAAAAGAUCGAAGAGCUUGAGGUGCGACUUGCGGAGAAGGAGGAACAGUUAUUGGAGAAAGACCUGAUCUUUGAGCAGGUGACCAGGCUGGCAGACAGAGUGAAGAAGAAAUCGGACUCUGGGAAGGAUGAUACACUCAGUCUGGCCAAGAAGGUGAAUGAAUUACAAGCGCGGAUCAAGGAUGUGACCAGGAAGAUGAUGUCGUACGUCUCGGAGCUUUCCAUGAAACAAGCGGAGGCGUUGAGACAACAACAAGAGGUGAAGGAGAAGGAAGCAGACAUUGAGCAGGCGUACAUCAGGAUGGAGAAAGGAGAGCCACCUAGUGAGGAGAUUGAGUUGGAUUGGUUCAAGAUGCUGCAGCGUGAGGAGAGACGAGCCAGAGAGAUGGAACAGAUGAGAAUGACCGAAGAGGAGGAAGAGCAAUACCUUAUUGCCGGUGGUAUAACGACAACGGCUGAACCACGACCGAACGCUUACAUACCAGAUGAUGAGACUGAGCUGCCAAUCCCACGGCCGUAUGGUUCACAUGCGCCAUUCAAACCAACAGAAGCUGGAUCCACCAUGCGACAUGUCAGGAAACCGAUACCGAAACCUAUUGAAAUAUAGACAUUGAGGUUUGAGGGGGAUUGUGGGAAGUUCUCCUCGAGGCCGUUUUAGUUGUUGAUAGACAUGGCUAUACUCCAUGCCUUUAUGAUACUAUGCCUCAUUGCAUGGUUCAAGUCUGGAGAAUUCAAGGCAUGUUCCAGGUAUCAAGUUCACGAGUUGAUAAUUUUGUAUGAUAUGUUCCGUCCAUUCUGUUUUUCAGAUGUGAUAUUCCUUGAAUCAUUCCACAGUCAGUGGUGACCAACUAAUAUGGUCAUUUUCCGUCCAUGUUUACUACAUGUAGUAGAUUGACUCAGUUCAUUAAAUUCAAACCAGCGGACCCCAUUUUUAUGUUGAUUUUAAAGUGAGGGUGGCUGUUUCGAGUUUCAAUGUUGAUUAAUGUCUCUGUGAUAUAAGUAAGUAAUUUUUUUUUUUGAUAUGCCAAUUACAUGAUUUACAAAUUGAAGUAUAGAGGGUGGAUCAAUGUGAAUUAUACAGCCCAUUUUUUGGCCUUCAAAUAUGUGGGGCAAGGACCCACUACCAGAGUUGGCAAUAUUCACAUCACCACAGACAUGAAAACUCGGCUCCAUGCUUGAUCCACCCUGAAGUGUUAAUAAACCAAAUCCUGUACAGCCUCCGAAAUAGACAGAUUUUUAUUCAAUUUCUUAAAUAAUAAACUGUAUAUAAAUGA